AUCGCGCGCCCCACCCCCCCUUCCCAAGGGACCACCCAGCCCGAGCGAGAGCGAGAGCGGACCGGGGCAUUAAAGGCAUGGCUGGCUCGACGGGAUGCGCCUCGGCUGGCUGGUGGGCUGCUGCUGCGGCGCGAGGGCUCCUCCUGGCGCCCCUGCUCUUGCUGCUGGGCUCUUUCCCGGACCCGGAGGCGCAGCUGCGGCUGCCAACACCCAGGGGAUGGGAGCAGCCCUUGGGCCCACCUUGGGGACGCCCCAAGUGGCCACGUUUUGUGGAAAACUGGUCCUCCAUCUCAACGUCCAGACAGGCCACUGGGAGCCUGAUGCCAUCGGUACUCGGACCUGCUUUCAUAACACUGAGGAGAUCAGGAGCUACUGCCAGGAGGUAUAUCCAGAGCUGCAGAUCACAAAUGCUGUGGAAGGUACACAGCCAGUUACUAUAGACAAGUGGUGCAAGAAGGGACGCUCAUCAUGCAGAGGCCAGAUGCACAUUGUGGUACCCUACCAGUGUCUUGUGGGUGAGUUUGUGAGCGAAGCACUUCUUGUACCAGACAAGUGCAAAUUCCUGCACCAAGAGAAAAUGGACUCCUGUGAGACCUACUUGUAUUGGCAUAGUGUGGCUAAAGAGGCCUGCAGUGGUGAACAUCUUGAGCUACACAGCUACGGCAUGCUACUGCCUUGUGGAGCUGACCGUUUCCGAGGUGUAGAGUAUGUGUGCUGCCCCUCACGCCCACCAGCCAUCAGGGUGGAGCAAACUACGGAGGGUCCCCCAGUGGUUGCCCAUUUAAGGGAGGAAGCCCUGCGCAGCAACAAAGUACCAACAGGGCGUAUUCCCACAGAGGAAGAAAGCUUGGAAUUGGAGGAAGACAGGAAUGUGGAUGAAGAAGAGGAAGAGGAGGUGGAGGAGGAGGAGGAGGAAGAGGAGGAGGAGGAAGAGGAAGAAGAGGAAGAGAUUCCUGGAGAGAGUGCUCCUGACUCUAACCGUUUCCGUACUGCCUGGGAUGACUAUUAUGUGGAACCAGGGUACUAUGAUGACAGCAUCACUCAAACCACUAUCACCACUACAACUCAGACCACAGAAGAAGAUGUCAAAGUGACUCCAACCCCUCGCCCAACGGACGGGGUGGAUGUUUAUUUUGAGAUGCCUGGAGAUGGGAAUGAACACGCCAACUUCCUGCGAGCCAAGAUGGACCUGGAGGAGCGGCGCAUGAAACAGAUCAAUGAGGUGAUGAAGGAAUGGGCUGAAGCUGACAACGAAGCCAAAAACUUGCCUAAAACAGACCGACAAGCCUUGAACGAGCACUUCCAAUCUGUCCUCCAGACACUGGAAGAGCAGGUGGCCGGAGAGCGCCAGCGGCUGGUGGAGACCCACCUGGCCCGUGUAGUAGCACUGCUGAAUGAUAACCGUCGUGCAGCACUGGAGAACUACUUGACUGCUGUUCAGAACGACCAUGCCCAGCCUGACCGCAUCCUGGCAGCUCUGAAGAGAUACGUACGGGCCGAACAGAAAGAUCAGCGCCACACUCUCCGCCAUUACCAGCACGUGGCAGCGGCUGAUCCUGAAAAGGCUGAACAAAUGAAGUUCCAGGUGUAUACUCAUCUCCAUGUCAUUGAGGAACGGAUGAACCAAAGUCUUGCGUUGCUGUACAAGAAUCCCCAGCUAACUCAAGAGCUCCGAGGAGACAUAGAGGAGCUCCUGCGAUCCGAACGGGUGUCCACUAAUGACCUUCUUACUACCUCCAUCUCCGAGACCCGCACCACAGAAGAGUUCCUACCCAUGGACAGUGGCGAGGAUCUAGCUGCUGAGAGCCAUGAUGGAGAAGAUUCUGAAUCGGCUGACAAGAAAGCUUCAGGGCUGGCAGAAUACGACUAUCCAACUAGUGACAAAGCCCUGCUGUAUGAGUAUGAACAUAAGGUCAAUGUGUCUGCCUCAGAUGUCAAAGGCAUGGUGUACAAGUCCCAAGAAAUACAACGGGAUGAACUGGAGCCUGACACCUUGGUAACCAUCAACCGAGGGGCCCUGAUUGGACUCCUCAUCGUAGCGGUGGCUGUUGCCAUGGUGAUUAUCAUCAGCCUCCUGAUGGUUCGCCGAAAGCCAUAUGGGACCAUCAGUCACGGCAUUGUUGAGGUGGAUCCCAUGGUUAGCCCGGAGGAGCGGCAGUUGAACAAAAUGCAAAACCAUGGCUAUGAAAACCCCACAUACAAAUUCUUUGAAGAGAUGAACUGAGUUCCUUGGGGCUGGGGCUUGUGGCAUGACCGGGGUGGUGGGCAUGACCAUGUGGAUGGAGGGGUUGGCAUGAAGAACGGGAGGAGGGUGUUUUCCACUCAGAGCCCUUCUCUUUUUCUAUGCCCCGUCUGAGCUUCGCUCCUACCACCUCAUCCGCCUUCUUUUUGUUCUUCCAUUUGCCAUCCUGCUUCAUAUUUUCUGGGUUUUCUAGCUAUUGCUAUUAGCCUACUACUUGCCAUUUCUCCCACUUCUUCCAUUUCACUUCUCAAGGUCUAAAAUGCCUGUAUCAACACACGCAUCAUGGUUGCGUUCACACAACACGCUUAACCAGCUUUCUUACAAACCUAGGGGCUACCUUUGCUGAAGCACUCGGCUUGAUUCAUUUUAAUCUUGCGUUGUGUUUUUUUUUUAGGGCUUAGCAUGUUGGGCAAACACAUCCGAUUCAUUUUCAGAUUUGAUGUACUGUGGAAACCCAACCGCAUUGGUUAAUUCAGUCAUCUAGUUCAGCAUGUUGUGUGAACCGAGGCAUUCCCACCAAGCUGCCAGCAUCAGGUUUCAACUCUUGUAUUUUAAGCCAACUCAUCUCAAUGGGUAAACUGCAUGUUGUGGAGAGAAACAGUUGAAUCUGCAGACUCAACAUGCAGUUAUGGAGGCACCAAAUGUCACACCAUACACCCUUAUAACCUGUAUGCUCCAAUUAGUAACCAGUGCUCAUUGUGCAACUUUCACACGUGCAUCUUCCUAACUCACCUGGGGCCAAAUCUUAUGUUAAAAUGACAGCCCAUAACUCAGUAUCCCCACAAAAAACACAUCAUCACCAAGCCCCUAGAGACACUCAUCAUGUGGUUUUCCACAAAGCAGCAGACCCUACAUCAUGGCACACAUUUGUAACUCCACUUUGCAGGAUUCUGUUGAAAAAUGGAACACUUCCACCAUACCUGUCAGACAAGGGUUACCAUUGUACGCUAGAAUUGCCCAUUGCUAACCUAGCUUGCCUCUGGCAUCGAAACCCGACUCCACCUUCACUUGCUUGCCUUUUUCUAUCUCUGUUUAUCUUCUGCUUCUUUACUACACUGAACUCUUCACUCCUUGCACCUAAUUUAUUGGAAAGCCAGCUAAAGGCUGAGUAGAUUGGGAGAAGAUAGCAUCCAUCAGCACUUUACUUGACUAGUUUGGAGAGGGGAGAUACAAAGAUUGAAGCUCUUUUUCUACACAGACACAUCUGUUCCUUCCACUUCCCCCCUCGCACUACGUAGAGCAUAAAAAGCAGGUUUGCUGAAACAGACUUUGGCUACGUUCACACAGUUCAGUUAACCAGUCCAGUUACAAACCUAACAGCAGCUGAAUGCACACAAUAUGCUAAGCUGAAUUUAAGUUGUUGGUUUAUAUUUCUUUUUGGUAGCUUAACAAGUUGUGUGACUCAUCAUUUUACGGUUUGGUGAUUUGCGCAAGCCCCCACCCCCAAAAAACAGGUUAAUUCAGGAACAAAAUUAAGCUUCUUGUGUGAGCACAGCCCAUAAGGCUGAUCCUUCUCCCGGCCCAGAUAUUCUGAAGCUGGGAAGUUAAGUUCCAUUGUAGGGCUAAGCUCAUAAGCAUAUAUGCUUCUUUGUUGUUGUUUUGUUUCUUACAUUGGAAAGUUUUUCUUCCAGUAGCAAUUUGCCACAUGUCUUGAUCACUUUGCAAAAGUAUCUUCUGAGAUCAACCAUCUCAGCAAACCCAAAUGGGGGAAGGUAGGGGGCCAAUUGGACCAUCUCUGGUGCCAUCUCUGCCAAAUGAUCUGUAAUUCCUAGCAACUACUAGACGGAAUGGUGUGUGGAGUAAUAGUCCUAUUGCUGCCUUUGGACUGAACCAUUUUGCUAUGGCGGGGGGAAGGGAGUUGGACCAAGGAAGAUACCUUUACUACCAGGGUUCCUGAGAUCACUUAGAAGAGGUAACCUUAGAGAUGCUUUUAUCUUGGUUCCCCUUAAGCCAUAAUCCAGCCUUCUCCAAUCUGGGUGCCCCAGAAUCCCUUAGCCAACAUUGCUGAAAACUCUGGGAGUUGAAAUCCACACAUUCUCGAGGAUGGCCAAAUUGGAGAACCAUCAAAAUUUGGAAGGGACCAUUCAAACCUGCUGCGUGCAGAAAACUCACACCGAAGCAUCCCUAACAGAUGAUGAUAAAACCUAUGCUUAACUACAUCCAGCAAAUGCGAACAUUAGCACCUCUUUGGUGAGGCUGGGAUAAUUAGUUUGGACAGGCAUAGAAAUCACUUGGGCUAAGAACCACAUUGGAGAGAGAAAUGGGAUCCAUUCUUUUUUUUUCAUGUUCACCUAGUGAAGAAAGUUAUUUCCAGACUGAAAGAUCUGCAGGUGUGGGAGGCCCUCAUCCCUCACAACCGGCCUACUCCAUCUGUGAGAAAAAAAGAAUGUCAGGAUUUCUGCCUUGAAUGUCUUCUGUGUUUCAUAGUUACCUUGUCAUGCCCUGUCCUGUUUACCAUUUAGAUCUUGUUCGUUUUUAAGCUGAGGUUUUUUGAAAUCGAAAGGCAACGUCAGAAAGACAAGGCAGGAGAUGGAAUUCAAUUGCCAGCCCUCCCACCAAACUAAUAAAAUAUUGUCACUUCUCUAA